AUGGCUUCCAGGCAAGCAGCAGGAGCCCGCCCGGGCGCAAGAUUCGCUCAGUUUAAGCUCGUUCUUCUCGCCGCUGACUUGACCGCUACCUUCCAGAGUUCGUUAGUUCUCAGAUUCGUUAAAGACCAAUUCGACGACUACCGCGAGUCGACAAUCGGAGCCGCCUUCCUUACACAGACCAUCUCUCUCGACGAAUCCACCACGGUCAAAUUCGAAAUUUGGGAUACCGCCGGUCAGGAGCGUUAUAAGUCAUUGGCCCCUAUGUACUACCGAAAUGCCAACUGCGCCGUGGUAGUCUAUGACAUCACCCAAGCGUCAUCUCUAGACAAGGCCAAAUCAUGGGUUAAGGAACUGCAGCGCCAGGCGAACGAGAACAUUGUGAUCGCGCUGGCCGGUAACAAGCUUGAUCUUGUCACAGAGAGCCCUGAUAAGCGGGCCAUUCCAGAGGCAGAUGCCGAAGCUUAUGCGCGCGAAGCGGGCCUACUGUUUUUCGAGACCUCCGCCAAGUCCUCGACCAACGUAAAGGAACUUUUCACUGCCAUCGCCAAGAAGCUGCCUCUGGAGCAAGCUGGCACCCGGAACCUGCGGACAACUCCUCGGCCCGGCGUUGACUUGCGCCCCGAGGCCCCUGGCACUCAAGGCGCCGGUGCUUGCAACUGUUAA